UCACUUCCUGCUUGCCAAACCCACCGCCCCACACUUCUCCUGGAGGAGCAGCAUUUGGUUUGGUCGCGCCUCAAAUUAGGACAGACAGAACUCGGCAUACGGCAAAAGGGAUUCCUUCUGACCCUUUGGAGGCUUCCUGAGAGCACAGAUGAAUGAACAAGACUCAGCUGACCCUGAAGCAGGAAGGGGCAAUGCCAUCGAAACGGGGAACAGUGGUGGAUUCUGGGAAAACUCUGUGCAGAAGAUCCUAGGCGAGGAGGACACCCCCAGCUCAAAUGUCCAGAGCCAGCAGUUCAGGCAGUUCUGCUACCAGGAGGCUGAGGGACCCCGAGAGGUUUGCAGCCGACUCUACCACCUUUACCGCCAGUGGCUGAAGCCAGAAAGGCAUACGAAAGCUCAGAUGCUGGACCUGGUGAUCUUGGAGCAGUUCUUGGCUAUCCUUCCACCAGAGAUGGAGAGCUGGGUGAGGGAAUGUGGAGCGGAGACCAGUUCCCAGGCGGUGGCUCUGGCCGAAGGUUUCCUCCUGAGUCAGGCUGAGCAGCAGAAAAAGGAUUUAUUUGCAGAAAUGGGCACUGGCUACUCGGAGGUGAAGAAAACUCAGUUGGAAACCAGAGAAAGGCCACUUGGUGACAGAAUGAUGCCAGCAAGACCCCCUCAUCCAUCAUUUCAUGGUGGCCGAGGGGAAGCAGUGGCUGUGGAACCAGGUCAGGGUCCAGUUUGCUUUGAAGAAGUAGCAGUUUAUUUCACAGAUGAUGAGUGGGCGUUGCUGGAUGCUGACCAGAGAGCUCUGCAUAACGAAGUCAUGGAGGAGAAUUGUGGGCUCAUGGCUUUUCUCAGUGGUGAUAAAUCAGAAAUUAAGAACAAGGGAGACAACAACAAAAUCCCUUAUGAACGUUUGGGGUGUAGAGAUGGCUUCAGCCAGAGGUUCCACUCCACUUCCCAUCAAAGAAAUCCCACUGGGAAGAAAUUAUAUCAGUGCUCAGAAUGUGGAAAGAGCUUCAGUCAGAGCUCAAAUCUCACUUCCCAUCAAAGAAUCCAUACUGGAGAGAAACCCUAUCAGUGCCUGGAAUGUGGAAAGAGCUUUAAUCGGAACUCACAUCUCACGUCCCAUCAAAGAAUCCACACCAAGGAGAAGCCAUAUUACUGCUUGGAAUGUGGAAAGAGCUUCACUCGGAACUCCAAUCUUACUUUACAUGAAAGGAUUCACAGAGGGGAGGAACCAUUUAAAUGUAUGGAAUGUGGAAAUAGCUUCAAUUCCAAGAGAAGUCUCACUUCGCAUCAAAGAGUUCAUAGUGGGAAGAAACCAUAUCAGUGCUUAGAAUGUGGAAAGUGCUUCACCUGGAAGGAAAGUCUCACUUCCCAUCAAAGAAUUCAUACAGGGGAGAAACCAUAUCAGUGCUUGGAAUGUGGUAAGAGCUUUAAUACAAGCACAAACUUCCGUCGACAUCAGAGAAUUCAUAGUGGGGAGAAGCCAUAUCAAUGCUUGGAAUGUGGGAAAUGCUUUAAUACAAGCACAAACUUCCAUAGUCAUCAAAGUAUUCACCGUGGGGAGAAACCAUUUCAAUGUCAAGAGUGUGGAAAAAGUUUCAGUCGGAAGGAAAGUCUCACUUCCCACCAAAGGAUCCAUACUGGCGAGAAGCCAUAUCAGUGCAUGGAAUGCGGAAAGAGAUUCAGCCAGAGUUCCAAUCUCACUUCCCAUCAAAGAACUCACAGUGGGGAGAAACCGUAUCAAUGCAACAAAUGUGGGAGGAAGUUUAGCAGGAAGUCAAGUCUCACUAAGCACAAAAGAAUUCACACAGGAGAGAAACCAUAUAUAUGCUUGGAAUGUGGAAAGAGCUUUCGCCAAAUCACCCAUCUCACUUCCCACCAAAGAGUUCAUACAGAAAAUAAACCCUAUCAGUGCUUGGACUGUGGAAAGAGCUUCAGCCAGAAGUCAAGUCUCACUGCCCAUCGAAGAAUUCAUACAGGGGAGAAACCAUAUCAAUGCCUGGAAUGUGGGAAGCGUUUUAGUCAGGUCGCCCAUCUCACUUCCCACCAAAGAAUUCACACAGGGAAUAAACCAUAUCAGUGCAUGGAAUGUGGGAAGUGUUUCAGUCAAAGCUCCCAUCUCACUUCACAUCAAAGAGUUCACACCAUGGAGAACCCAUAUCAGUGCUUGGACUGUGGGAAGAGCUUCAGCCAAAAGGCAAGUCUCACUGCCCAUCAAAGAAUUCAUACAGGGGAGAAACCGUAUCAGUGCUUGGAAUGUGGGAAGCGCUUCAUUCAGAGGGUCCACCUGACUUCACAUCAAAGAAUUCAUACAGGGGAGAAACCAUAUCAAUGUUUAAAUUGUAGAAAGAGCUUUAAUUUAAGGGCAAACUUAUAUAAUCAUCAAAGAAUUCAUACAGGGGAAAAACCAUAUCAGUGCUUGGAAUGUGGAAAGAGCUUCAGUCGGAAGGAUAAUCUCACUUCCCAUCAGAUAAUUCAUACGGGGGAGAAACCAUAUCAGUGCUUGGAAUGUGGAAAGAGCUUCAGCUUAAAGCAGAAUCUCACUUCCCAUCAAAGACUUCAUAACGGAGAGAAACCAUAUCAGUGCUUGGAGUGUGGGAAGAGCUUCAGUCGGAGCCACCGUCUCACUUCCCAUCAAAGAAUUCAUUCAGGGGAGAAGCCAUAUCAGUGCUUGGAAUGUGGACAGAGCUUCCGCUGGAAAGAAACUUUUAUUUCCCAUCAAAGAACUCAUGAUGGACUUGCUAGCACCUCACAUUAGGACAGACAGAAAUUGGCAGAAGAACAAAGACUUCCUGGGAUCACCGAUGGAG